ACCCAAUAAAUAUCCACAAUUUCACAAUCCAUUAUAUAUCUCCCCAUAUCUACACUACACCUAUCUCUUCACAAGAAAAAUCUUAUCUUCAAGAAUUCUCCAAUGGCUUCUUCAUCUUCUUCCCUUCACUUCCUUUCACUUACACCACAAACACUCCCUAAACCCACUUCACAAACAUCCUCUAUAUCCUUCUUUUCACUUCCACCUUCUUCAUUAAACCUUUCUUUAUCAUCAUCAUCUUCCUCUUCAUCAAGAAACUUUGAAUCUUGUUUGUCUUCGCGGUUUGUUAGGAGAGUUACUCUAUCUGAUUUUGAUCAGAUUGAGGAAGUUGAAGGGGGUUUGAGUAGUGAUGAUGGUGGAGAAUUAGAAGUAGAAGAAGAAAGGGAUGUUAGUCCUGACUUGAAAAUCUUUGUUGGGAAUUUGCCAUUUAGUGUUGAUAGUGCUGCACUUGCUGAGCUUUUUGAACAAGCUGGUGAGGUUGAGAUGGUUGAGGUUAUCUAUGACAAGCUUUCAGGAAGAAGCAGAGGUUUUGGCUUUGUGACAAUGUCCUCAAAAGAGGCAGUCGAAGCUGCCUGUCAACAAUUUAAUGGCUAUGAAAUUGACGGGAGGCCAUUGAGGGUGAACUCUGGGCCACCACCACCCAAAAGGGAGAAUUCUUUCAGGGACAAUUCUUCUUUCCGUGGAGGCAGGGGUGGGGGAAGCAUGGACAGCGGCAAUAGAGUCUAUGUAGGAAACCUAGCAUGGGGUGUUGACCAACUAGCACUUGAGACCUUGUUCAGUGAGCAAGGAAAAGUCGUGGAGGCCAAAGUAGUCUAUGAUAGAGAUAGCGGUAGAUCAAGGGGCUUUGGAUUUGUGACAUACAGUUCUGCCGAGGAGGUCAACAAUGCAAUUGAAAGCUUGGACGGUGUUGACCUAGAAGGCAGGACCAUCCGUGUAAGCCCUGCUGAAGCUCGCCCACCAAGACGUCAAUUCUGAAGAUUGGAACCAAAUAUCUUUUUGACCGAGAAAAGGCUUUGAGGGUCCAGGAGACGGCAAUAGUUACAGAAAUGAAUUGAGUUAGUUGCUCUGCAACAUUUAUCCUAAACUUGCGCGGACAAAUUACUCUCUGUUUCUGGACUAACGCGAGAUGUCAAGUAAAUUAGUUUUCGUAAUGUAUGUUCUGAAACUGCCUCAAGGAAAAGAAAUUCUGAUCUUGUAAUAUGAUUCUAUCCAUCACUUGUUGACAGACAAGACAAUGAAAAAGUUUGAUACACUUCAAAAA